UUGAACUACUUAUUCCACAAAUUCUGUGCAAUUUCAAGGAAACUUAAAAAAUGUAAAUACAGACAGCCAGAUCGACACAGGACACAGGAUCAAAUGCUCGUUUUACUCCUAAAGACAUAUAAAAAAAACUCAUCCAGUUACAUUAGAUCUAAGGCUGAAUUAUCCCAGGAUGGAGUGCUACUAGGGGAAUCCUCAGUGAUUCAUGACUAAUUAAACAACAUAUCAUUAUCAUAAGUUAAAUAAUUUACUCCCUAUCGCAACCUUGAAUGAAGGUUAAUGUGGAUAGAGUCUUUCAAACAUGGUCUUACCACCGACGUUUGUAGCAGGUUUCCACGAUGAAGCCGCGGUACGACAGAUGAAAUACAAUCGGUUUGGCGCGACCGGCUUGUUGGUUUCGCAUCUUUCAAUUGGAACGGGUGGAUUUUGCCAACAAUACGGCGAUUAUUCGAUCAACCAAUGCAAAGAAGCUUUACAUAAGGCGAUUAAAUCUGGAGUCAAUUUCAUUGACACAGCACCUUGGUACGGUCACGGGGUCUCUGAGGAAGUUUUAGGGAAGUGUUUGGAAGGGAUCCCUCGACAAGCCUACUAUGUUGCAACCAAGGUUGGGCGGUAUCAACCAGAUCCGAAAUUGAUGUUUGAUUUUUCCGCCGGUAAAACUAGAGAGAGCAUCGAACUUAGCUUGAAAAAGUUGGGAGUCGAGUACAUCGAUUUAUUGCAGGCGCACGACAUUGAGUUUGACAAGUCGUUGAGUACCGUUCUUCAGGAGACUCUACCGGUUCUGGACGAGGCACGUAGGACUGGUAAAGCUAAAUUUAUCGGUGUUACCGGAUACCCAGUGUUCACCUUGGCCGAGUGCAUUGAGAAGAGCCGUGUUAAAAUUGAUACAAUUCUGAGCUACUGCCGUUUGUCACUUAUCGAUACCACCCUUCUACAGUAUUUGCCCGAUUUUAAGGCGAGGGAUUUAGGUGUUAUUAACGCGGCAGGGCUUUGCAUGGGGCUCCUGACUGAUGAAGGUCCACAACCUUGGCAUCCGGCACCGCAAUUUAUUAAAGAUAUUUGCGUUGAAGCCAAUGAAUACUGUAAGGCUAAUAACGUUAGCCUAGCAAGAUUAGCUACACACUACUGUUACCAACAGUCAGGUCCGGACACCACUUUAGUCGGCAUGAAUAAUGUGGACUUGGUAUGUGCCAAUUUGGAUGUUUUGUACAAUGGUAUAGACUCUCAUGAGCAACAGGUGCUGACUGAUGUACUAAUGAGAUUUUUUUCAAAAUUGAAGAUAGGAAAUUGGGAGCAAGAAAAUAACAAAUUUAAAGAGACUUUGCCAUAGAGCCACUGCAGAGAAGUACUUCGAUAUUUUUGUAGUAGGUAUACUGUAGUUCUGUUAUAUAAAAUGAAUUGUAAAUCAAGUACAUUAUUCAGUGUAGAAUAAAAUUCUAAUGUGAGCACAUUAUAAAGCAUCAUAAAAAAAGGAUUAAAAACGUGGCUGUUUACUUUUAGCCAUGAAACUA